AUGGCCCACGGCGGCGGCGGCGGCGGCGGGAGGGCGAAGGUGACGCCGAACCUGGCGGUGGACGGCGAGGGCACGCGGACGCUCAACCUCACGGUGCUGCAGCGCCUCGACCCCGCCGUCGAGGACAUCCUCAUCACCGCGGCUCACGUCACGCUCUACGACUUCGACACCGACGUCAACCAGUGGAGCCGGAAGGACGUGGAGGGGUCGCUAUUCGUCGUCAAGAGGAAUGCUCAACCCAGAUUCCAGUUCAUUGUCAUGAAUCGCAGGAAUACAGAUAAUCUAGUUGAAGAUCUCUUGGGAGAUUUUGAAUACCAACUCCAAGCUCCUUAUAUAAUGUACCACAAUGCUGCUCAAGAAGUUAUAGGAAUUUGGUUUUACAACUCUCAGGAGUGUCAAGAAGUUGCAAAUCUUUUCAGCAGGAUUCUGAAUGCUUUCUCGAGGGUGCCACCAAAGCCGAAGAUUGCCUCUGUUCAAAGUGAAUUUGAAGAGCUGGAAGCAGCACCUGCGUUGGUUGAAGGUCCUCUGGAACCGCAAACGUCAAAUAUCAUGUCAACUACUACUCACGUUCAAGAGGAUCCUUUAUCUGCAUUUUUCAGUGCAGCUGCAAAUGCUGGUGGCAACUCCGCUGUAGCUGUUGCAAGGCAACCAAUUCAAUCUUUUGGUACUACUCCAGUGGCUACACAUGCAGCAACUGGUAUUACUACAACACAAUCACCAGGCUUGCAUUAUUUGCUUCCUUCACAAGACUCAUCGGUUUCUGGGGUGCCUGCUGAUGCUCAUGGUGGCGCUGGUUCUAUAGGAAGGUCCACAAGCCUUGUGAAUCCUUCACUUUUCUCACCAUUGACGUCUUCACAGACAACAAUGAUGCGCAGUAAUCCUGCAGUACCAACUGCUCCACCUCAACAUCCUCGUACCGCUCAGCAGCCGCAAAGUGCUCCCUUGCUUCAGCCUUUUCCGUUACCUACGGCUUCACCAUCUCCACCAUAUGGGACUCCAUUACUUCAACCGUUUCCGCCACCUAAUCCGUCUCCAUCUCUUGCGUCUGCACCAGUCUUGAGCCCAGCACUGUCUAGAGACAAAGUCAGAGAUGCAUUACUGAGACUUGUGGAGAUGGUUACAAAAUCUGUGCUGUAUUCGUGGUGCAGAGAAGUUUUGUUCCGAGUAUAUCUCGAAACUUUUGCUGAACCAAACAUUUUGGGACCUACCUACAUCCUCAAGUGGACGGUUGGGCCAUGUUUUAGCAAAACAGGUGUCCAAAGAGUAGAGUUGGAGUGCAUGCAAAAUGGCGAAGAUUGUUCCCUCUGGCCUGCAUAG